AUGGAAAUCUUCCCAUCUCAGGGGAAAGCUUUUGCCGCCGAUGACGUUGUGCCGGCGCUUCCUCUUUACGGUUCCGCUCCACCACUCGAAGUCAGACUCGAAGAUUUCGAGCUUUUUGCAAUCGAUCGAUUGCGAGUUCUUAAAGGGAUUUCUGAUGGAUUAUCCAGAGGAAAGAAACCCGAUGAGAUGGAGGACUUGGUAGUCAAUCUGUGGAAAGCGAAUAUGAGGCACCCGCAGGCAUCUGAGGUUCUCAACAAGGACAUAAUAUCCCAUUUUGUUCUGCGUCUCGUGUAUUGUAGAACGGAGGAGUUGAGAAAAUGGUUUCUUUCCAUGGAGACUACCCUCUUUCGUUACCGUUUUCGGCGAGAAACUUCUGAAGUCCAGAGGGCACUAAUGGCAGAAUUUGACAUUCCUUAUAAAGCUGUGAGCAUUGCAGAAUAUGAGAGUGUAAAGGAAAAAUUGAGCCAAGUUGCGCGAUCCAUGGGCCAAUCAUUAUCCAGUGCAGAUGCUAUAUUCUACAAGGUACCAUUUGAAGAAGUUCCAGAACUUGUUGCCAGCCGCCGAGUAUUUAUCCAGAAAGGGUAUGCAUAUGUUGCUAUGAACCAGAUUGUUUCUCUUGUUGUCACACAAUUCCGCAGCAAUAUUUCGAGAGCCCUUGUAUUGACAAACAGAAAAUGGACGUCAACCAUCGGAGAACAAGAGAAGGAUCGGUUGAUGCCUAUUGUGGAAGCCCUAUCUGUUAGUUAUUUGGGGCCUGACUAUUCUCAGCCAACAGAAUUUGAAGAGAUAUCACUCAAAGACAUUGAUCAAGUAGCCAAGAGUUCAUUUCCGCUGUGCAUGCGCCACCUUUUUGACAAGCUCAGAGAGGACCAUCAUUUAAAGCAUGGAGGGAGGAUGCAGUUGGGUCUGUUUCUCAAGGGUGUUGGAUUGAAUUUGGAUGAUGCCCUUUCAUUCUGGAAGGCGGAGUUCUCACGAAAGGUUGGUGCCGAGAGAUUUGACAAGGAAUAUGCAUACGGUAUACGUCACAAUUAUGGAAAAGAAGGGAAGAGAACUGAUUACACUCCUUAUUCCUGUCAAAAAAUCAUCUCAUCAACUCCGGGUGUUGGAGAUCAUCAUGGCUGCCCUUAUCGUCAUUUCAGUGAGGAGAAUUUGAGAGCUGCCCUUGGUAAAAUGGGCGUGGGCAAUCGAGCGUUGGAGGAUGUGAUCGACAAAGUGCGAAAUAGACAUUAUCAGCUAGCAUGUACCUUGACAUUUGAAGCUGUUCAUGGAUCAUCCUGUGAUGCUGGGAUAAAUCAUCCAAACCAGUAUUUCAGCGACAGCCAAAAGAUCCUGAACUCAAAGGUAAAACAACUCUCAUAAUGUAUACAAUGAAUCCAAUCCUUCGAGCUAUUGAGCACUUUUGGGUAGAACAGAAUAUGGUGCCACCUUAAAUUGUUGGUUCAAGCCACUAUUUUCCUAUUUUAUAGCAAAUUAUACCACAUUUUGAUAAAGUUACUCAAUGGAUCUGCCAGAUCUAAUGCCGAAGUGGCAGAUGAC